AUGGCUGCUGCUAUACCUCGAGAGUCUAACAUAGACACCAUAUUCCAGCGCCUAGUCGACUCCUACAACGCUUUCUCCCAAGCGCCGAAUGGAAGUCCCAAAGCGAAGGCUCAAUUGCAGAGCGCAGCUAAGGAACUCAUCGCAGCCACACAAGCGCCAUAUGAAGCAGCUCUGGCAUUUGCGAUGCAGAACGCCGUCUUUCCAUGCUUCAUUGCCGCAGGAGACUGCGGUAUUCUUUCUCAAUGGCCAAAAGAGACCAUGACUGCAAAGGAAUUGGCGGAGAAGACCGGAGCGGAGCGACGACUAAUCGCUCGCCUCAUGCGUGUUCUUGUGGGUGCCGGCGUCUUCAACGAGCUGGGCGAAGAGCUUUAUUCUCAUAACCAGCUCUCUACCACGCUCUCAAAGCCUAGCCUACUGAGUGUGGCCAAAUUCGUAUCACCUGCAGUGGCAAGACUUCCCGAGUACCUUGCUGCAACAUCCUACCGCAACCCUGGUUAUAGUACUGAAAUCUCAACGCCAUUCCAAUUUGGCAACAACACACCCCUCGGGUUCUAUCAAGCACUGGCAGCAAACGACAAUGUACGGAAAGGCUUUGAUGAUCAGAUGAAAGCUCAUGUCGCAAUGGAGCGAGCCAAGUUCAAGACUGGGUUUGCAUCCAUGUUCGAUUUCGAGGGAGAGGUUGGUCCCUUGAUUGAGUCGGAGCAGGACGUUGCGCUCGUUGACGUAGGCGGAAGCCAGGGGCAUGUGCUGGAGGAUGUCAGGAAGCACUUGCCAGGAUUCAAGGGGCGCUUGAUCUUGGAAGAGCUUCCAGGAACGCUUCAGUCCAUCACAGUGCCCGAAGGCAUCGAAGCCGUGCCGUACAACUUUCUUGAGAGCGAGCAGCCAAUCAAGGGAGCCGCAUGCUACCUAUUCAGGCAGAUUUUCUUGAACUGGAGCGAUGCGCGAGGUCACCAAAUCCUGCGGAACACGCUUCCAGCUAUGAAACUUGGCUAUUCUCGACUGCUGAUCAUGGAACCGGUGCCUCCACCAGCUGCAGCUCCUAUGGCAGCCGCAAUGUUAGAUAUCCAAAUGAUCCAGAUGGGUGGCGGACUGAGAACUGAGAAGCAGUGGAGGGCUUUUCUUGGUGAUGCCGGGUUUGAGGUGCGGAAUUUUUGGCCAUCGAACUCGAAUCAGACUGUCAUUGAAGCAGUACCUAAGGCGCAGGCGUAG